UAUCCACCAUUUUUCUUAAUUAUUUCCAAAUGAUGGUUAUGGCUUCUCCUCCCAGACUCGUCAUCUUUAUUUUAGCUCUUUUGUUCUUUACCUUCUCCACUUAUGCUAUUGAAGUUACCUUUGAUUCAAAAUCACUAAUGUUAGAUGGCGAAAGAAAACUCAUUAUCUCAGGUUCCAUACAUUACCCCCGUAGCACUGCUGAUAUGUGGCCGGAUUUGAUAAAAAAAGCUAAGGAAGGUGGUCUAAAUACCAUUGAAACUUAUGUUUUUUGGAAUGUUCAUGAGCCUCAGCAUCGUCAGUAUGAUUUUACUGGAAACAGGGACAUAAUAAGGUUUCUUAAGACCAUUAGAGAGGAAAACAUGUAUGCCAUUCUUCGCAUCGGCCCGUACAUAUGUGGCGAAUGGAAUUUCGGAGGGUUUCCUAUGUGGUUACAUAAUCUGAAAGGUAUUAAGAUGCGAACAGACAACGAUAUAUUUGAGAUUGAAAAUGAGUAUGGAGACGUAAUGAAAGCCUAUGGAGACGAAGGAAAACGGUACUUAAAUUGGUGUGCGAAGCUGGUGAAUGAUCUUCAUAUCGGUAUCCCCUGGAUUAUGUGUAAACAGAAUGACUCUCCAUGGCCAAUUAUUAAUACUUGCAAUGGUUUCUAUUGUGAUCAAGCAAAUCCAAACAAUCCCAAUUACCCUAAGAUAUGGACUGAGAAUUGGAGCGGCUGGUUUAAGGCUUGGGGUGAAGCAACACCAGUACGAUCUGCAGAAGAUCUUGCAUUUGCAGUUGCUCGUUUCUUCCAAUUAGACGGCUCUGUGAUGAACUAUUAUAUGUAUCAUGGUGGAACAAAUUUCGGAAGAACUGCUGGUGGACCAUACAUUGCCACAUCAUAUGACUAUGAUGCUCCUCUUGAUGAAUAUGGCAAUCUUAAUCAACCCAAAUGGGGGCACCUGAGGCAACUUCACAAAGUACUCAUGUCAAUGGAGGAAGUCUUGACUCACGGUACUAGGAAAUCCACCGACCACGGUGACCAGGUGCUGGAAACUGUCAUCACAUAUCACGGAAAAUGUGUCUGCUUCUUGGGAAAUGCAAAUCCAAGCAAAGAUGCACGAGUCAUGUUUCGGGGACAAGAGUUCAUUGUUCCAGCAUGGUCCGUAACCAUCCUUGAGGACUGCUUCACGGAAGUCUUCAACACGGCCAAGGUUAACGCUCAAAGGUCUGUAAUGGAAACAGUCAAGAACGAUGCGGAGAAGGAGCCAUUUGGCUUGAAGUGGAGUUGGAGGGCCGAACGACUUGAGCUCCAUGACAAACGAGGUAAAGUGCAGGGUGUCAUCUUGAGAGCUAAAGAGCUUAUGGACCAAAAAUUCGCAAAUGACACAUCAGAUUAUCUAUAUUACUUUACCAGUGUUCAUGUUUCUAAGCAUGAUCCCAUUUGGGGAAAACACACAUUCCUCCAAGUAACUGGCUAUAGCGGUGUUCUUCAUCUGUUCUUUAAUGGAAAAUACAUUGGAUCAAAAUGGUCCCAUCAUGGUUGGGAUGCCUACACUUUAGAGAAGAAAGUGAAAUUGCAACUCGGGAGGAAUACAAUUGUUUUGCUCAGUGGGACUGUUGGAUUUAAGAACAAUGAACCCUCGUUUGAUGAAAAAGUGGUCGGAGUAUCUCAUGGUCCAGUUAAACUCACAAGAAUUGGCAGAGGCCAUGAGAAUAUAACCAAGGACCUUUCUAAAAAUGAAUGGCUCUACAAGGUUGGAUUGGAUGGUGAAAAGAAGAAACUUUAUAAUGAACACUCAAGAAAAUGGUUUACAAGAAAGCUUCCAACAGACAGAAAGUUUGUUUGGUACAAGACAACCUUCAAGGCUCCAUUGGGAACUGAUCCUGUUGUUGUGGACCUGUCGGGUCUUGGAAAGGGAGAGGCUUGGGUCAAUGGCCACAGCCUUGGCAGGUAUUGGCAAACCCUCAUUUCUUCAGAAGAUGCUUGCAGUGAAAGCAUUACCUGCGACUAUCGCGGAGAUUACUGGGGCAAAAAGGAUGUGUGUCGGAAAAAAUGUGGAGGACCUACUCAACGAUGGUACCAUGUUCCACGGGGUUUCCUCCAAAAUGAUGAUCAAGAUAAUGAGCUAGUUUUGUUUGAGGAGUUUGGGGGCAAUCCAAGUUAUGUCAAUUUCCGGACCAUGACUGUUAAAACAGCUUGUGCUCAUGCUUAUGAUGGGGGAUUCCUGGAGCUGUCAUGCCAAGGUGAUCAAGUUUUCACUGAUAUCAAGUUUGCUUAUUUUGGUGAAACCACAGGCAGCUGUGGAUAUUUUCAUAGAGGUCGUUGUGGGGCGACCAACACAAUGCGUAUUGUUAGAGAGACUUGUCUUGGCCAUAAGAGUUGUUCCUUCAAUAUCAGUGAAGAUACUUUUGGGCCGACACAUUGCAAGAACAACAUUGAUCUUCGGUUGGCUGUUCAAGCGGUUUGUUCUUAGGAGAUUUUUAUCAUUAAAUUGGUUCAAAUCCUGUUCUUGCAUUAAAUAGGCAAUGUUUUUCGUCUUCCUUUUCUCCUUACUCUGUUUUGGCUCUUUUAUUAGUUGAAUUUAAUAAUAAUGUCACAGUUGC